AUUUGCCGUGCAUCUGUUUGCAUUUUAUUCUCACAGGAUUGUUAUCUUCUUGCAACAUAACAUUUUUUAAUCCUAAUUCUUAGCUCACAAAGCUUUUUUUGCUUCCAUCUUCCGACUAUGCCAUUCAUCAAAACACCUCCAAAUGCUCUUCCACGUUCUACCCUGCUGGAGAAUAAAUCCCUAAAAUGUGGUCCGCGUGUGACUGUGUACUCUGUCAAUGGAGAUGAAUACACUGGAGAGUGGUUGAACAACAACAAGCAUGGAAGGGGCAUUCAGGUGUGGAAGAAGUCCGGCACCAUUUAUAAUGGAGAGUGGAAGUGUGGAAAGCGUGACGGAUAUGGCAUUUAUAGUGUACUUGUAGGCAACACAAAGGUGUAUGCAAAAAAGUACUGUGGUGAAUGGAGAAAUGGGAUGAAGCAAGGGCAUGGUACAUACUUUUAUCAUGACUCUGCUGUGUAUGAAGGCGAGUGGAGCAGGGACCAACGCUGUGGUUGGGGGAGAAUGCUCUUUAACUGUGGAGACGUCUACGAAGGAGAGUGGAUGAAGGAUAAAGUGCACGGCCUGGGUGUCAUUCAAUAUGCAAAUGGAAACUGGUAUGAUGGCUCCUGGCAAGAAGGCAGAAAAAGCGGACAUGGGAAGUUCUACUAUCACGACAAAUGUCAGCUUUAUGAAGGCCUCUGGGUCAAAGGUGAAGCUAAAUGUGGAACUUUGUCGGAUUUUGGGAGAGAUGACUCAACAAGCCCCACCAAGUGUUCCAUCCCGGAGGUAAAACUAAAAGAUAUGGAGACGGUUUUACAAGAAGCACAGUCCGCACACCUUGACCCUCCAUGUAAAGCAGGGGUCUCAAACACACGGCCCGCGGGCCAAAUGUGGCCCGCAUGACACUAAUUUGAGGCCCCCGCCUUGAUAUGAAAGUUUAAUGUUAGUGCGCAAGUUUGAUAUGGAUGCUGUAUGGUAUCAUGUACCCAGAAAAAAUUAUUACGUUGGAUUAAUGUCAGAAAAAAUUAUUACGUUGGAUUAAUGUUCAUGUUAAAGGUUAAAUAACUGUUAAUAGUUAUCCUCCCUAUCCAUGUGGAAGUGGUAAGUUUUUGGCUAUUUAAGU